GACAGUUUUGUAUAUGCCUCCAACCAAAGUGGUCAGAGUUUCUUGAGAAUUUUUUCACAACAACGGCGCCCAACUUAAACCCUCCCAAAAAUGACUACUGAGGCUCUUUUCAAGAAUCUGAGCGUAUGCGGGAGCGAUGGAAAUAAGUGCACGCAUUUCAUUUCAAUUCCCUUCAGAGAUGAGAGCCUUAAGCAUUCAUUCGAUGCCUUUCGCGCGGAUUUGCUGGAAAAUUCGGGGAAGUAUCGCUUGGAUAGGGAAAUUGUCCAGAAAACAACUAAGCUCCACAAGACAAUUAUAAAUCUUAAUCUCCCUGAAAAGGAGGAUGUUGAGCUUGUAAAGAAAGUACUGCAGGAGGAGAAGGAAGCUCUGAAGAAAAUUCUCGAUGGGGAUGACGCGACAGGCAAGCCAAGGAAGAAGCAUGUGAUCAUCAAGGGACUCAAGUACCCAAGAAAUAUGAUGCGUACUCACAGCUUGUAUGCCAACAUCACUUCACCAACAAUUAAUAAGAUUAUGCAUCAUCUUUUGGCGGCUCUUCAGCGCUCAAAGGUCAAGGUGCUCACCGAUGCCCGAUCAUUGCCAACAAUUAACCAGAUUGUGGUGAUUUCGGACAAUUUACUUACAACGGAGACGAAGGUGCCGUCCAAAGACUAUACCUUCAAUCCUGGACCCAUUAUGAGCGCAUACAAAGCCUAUAAUUUCGGAGAGUUCGAUAUCACGGAGAUUCACUUAUCUCGUAGGUCAAAGUACGGCCCUGAUGGGUUCUACGAGGCAGAAGACAUCCUUGAAUUCUAAGGAAAAAUUCCCCUUUUUGCCGUAAUCAUCCUAAUUGUCCUUAAGCGGUUCUUAUUCAAAACCUUUACCUGUUUAGUGAUAGUUUUGGUUUCUUAGAAAGAAGAAUUUUCCUAAAGAUUCUUUACCUGGAACUUAGAAUUAUUAUAUGUCUCUGAGAAUAAAUGAAAUAAGGAAGAUUUUAUGCCUAAAUUCCUGUCUACCUGCUCAACACUGAAGAGAAAAUAAAUAUUUCUGAACUAAA